AUGGGCAACGAGGCGCCCACACUGGAGGAAUUCUUCAAGUUCUUAGAUGAUCGUUAUACUGGGUCGGAACUUUCAUAUGUAUCAGAACGAUGCAUACAAGCACUUGGAUUGCCACGGUCGGCAUCAUCCAUUUUGGUCACAGGAAUCUCUUCGGUUCAGGCUGACACCACAAGGGGAAGCAGCACGCUUCAGAUAAAGUCAAGGUAUUCAAACAAUCACUUUACGGUACAGGCUCAUGUUCUUGGCAAAAUCACAUCAACACUGGAAAGGCAAAACAUUGACGCAUCGGCACUUGAUGUCUUUAGCGAUCUUCAACUCGCUGACUCGGAAUUCACCACAAGCGCUCCAAUUGACGUUCUUUUGGGCGGUGAACACGUUUGGUCUACAAUCACAGGGAAAAAGUUGUACGACAAUACGGGCAAACUCAUUGCAAUAUCAUCGAUUUUCGGAUGGGUCAUCAGCUCUAUAACGAUGCCCCAAGCUAACAACGCUUUCGCUUUGACAUCAUACAUCGAUGUUAACGCUUCGCUCCAGAGGUUUUGGGAACUAGAGGACAUCAGUUCUACAACCAAAUUGGAACCUGAUGAUGAGCAGGUGGAGAAACACUUUCUCGCUACGCACACUCGAGAUGAAAAGGGGAAGUACAUCGUGGAACUUCCAUUCAAGGUCACUAAUCCAGAAUUUGGGGAUACUCUACAAGGAGCUCUUAAUCGUUUCCAAUCGGUGGAACGACGUUUACAACAAGAUGCAAAUCUAAGAGCAAAAUAUGUCAACUUUAUGAGGGAAUACUUCGAUUUGGGGCAUAUGCGCGAACUGCCACCAGAUGAAGUCAAUAAUGACCAACGGUUUUAUCUACCACAUCACCCGGUUUUGGGUCGGAAACUGAGUGUAGUUUUCGACGGAUCAUUUUGCGACACCAAAGGCAAAUCACUAAACGAUUAUCUCUUUACAGGGCCUAGCAUUCAACGCGAUUUAUUUGCUGUCUGCUUGCGCUUUCGGAUGUAUAAAUUUGUAUUCUCAGCCGACAUAGUCAAGAUGUUUUGGCAGAUUUGGGUGAACAACAAACACCGCGACUUCCAGAGAAUUGUCUGGAGAGAAAGGCCAUCGGAUCCAAUCAAACACUAUCAACUAUGCACCGUCACUUAUGGCACCUCAUGUGCACCAUUCCUGGCUGUUAGGGUAUUAGAGCAACUGGCUACUGAUCAUCAGCAGGAAUUCCCGAAUGCUGCAAGAAUCUUACAAGAGGAUUUUUAUGUCGACGAUGUGCUCACUGGGUCAAACAGUGAGGAGGAACUGAUACAAAAUCGAAAGGAACUUAUUCAACUUAUGUCCUGUGCUAAUUUGGAGCUUGGGAAAUGGGUAUCAAACACACCUCGCAUACCAACAGAAGGAACUGAUUCUACACAAUCAUCUCCAGUCAAGGUUCUUGGACUUUACUGGCAACCUGGUCUUGAUACAUUGUCUUAUAAUGUUGGUCUAAAAGGAAAUGUCGAUUGUACAAAACGACAAGUUUUAUCGGAUGUCUCGCGGAUCUUCGAUCCACUUGGGCUUUUGGCACCAAUUGUGGUCCAAUUCAAAAUACUCUUUCAACAAUUAUGGCUUCUCGAUUUGGGAUGGGAUGACAAACUCCCUAAGCAACUAGCGGAUACUUGGUUCAAAUGGCGAGCAGAUUUGGAUAUGCUACAACACAUUCAAAUACCCCGGUUGGUUGUCAACGACACCGACAACAUUGAAUUGCAUGGAUUCUCCGAUGCAUCUACGAAGGCAUACGCUGCUGUAGUGUACAGCAGAGUAAUCAACAAGGAUGGCUCGAUUUCUACAUUGAUUAUGGCUGCGAAGUCUAGGGUGGCUCCGCUAAAGCAGCAAUCUCUGCCCCGCCUAGAGCUUUGCGCGGCACUUCUCCUAAGUCAACUCAUACGUUCGAUAAAGGCGGCACUUCGACAUCAAAAGGUCAAGGUUUUUGCAUGGUGCGAUUCCACAAUCGUUCUCUAUUGGCUAUCAUACGCACCCUCUCGACUAAAGACAUUUGUUGGGAACCGAACUUCGGAAAUUCUGGACACCAUUCCAAGGCAUUAUUGGCGUCAUGUGGACUCCAAAUCAAAUCCAGCUGAUUGCGCAUCCAGAGGUCUCAUGGCUGCAGACCUAAAGGACUUUCAGUUAUGGUGGAAUGGCCCGUCAUGGAUACGUGACGCGGAUCAGUUUCUGGGUCCAUUUGGGGACAAGGGCUCAAAUUGUCUUACGUUUGAGGAAAUCACCGCGGCACGCAUUGUAUGCUUGCGCCACGCGCAAACCUGCUUUCAGGAUGACUAUCAAUUGCUACUCGCAAAUAAACCAUUGCGAAGUCGAUCUCAGCUGGCUAAACUCUCGCCAAUGAUCGACAAGGACGGACUACUCAGGGCACCUUCUGUCGCUAAGUUCUCGAGGUUGCGCAUUUCAAGCCACGCCUCUGCUCUGCCUCUGAACUGA